GCGCGGACAUCCUGGGUCGGAGCUGAGUGCGUCCGGGGCACCCAGAGGUGCCAGCUCAUUCCGUUCUGGACUGGACCGAGCAAAGCACGGGCGGUGCCGAGCCCGGGGAAUGCCAGGCGCCCGUUGAGGGGAUCCUGGCGCCCUCUGAUCCCUCCGACUUUGGCUGACACACUGGGACUGGCCAGGCGUCGCCUCGGACACCCUGCCCCCUGGUCACCUGUGGCCUGAGAGCCCCAGACCCGCCAGACCCUCGCUGCUUCCCCACCCGGAACCCGGAGAGGGUUGAGGGAAAUUUUUCCUGCCCCCCUUUUAGGGAGCGCAGAGGCCCCGCCCCCUUCCCACCGUCCAGAUGUCUCCAGGGGCGGCUCUGAGGACCUCCCUGAGGCCAGGGGCUGAAGGGUCCAGAGAGAGAAGCCCGCCCUAGGGAGCCUGGGGGGCCCCCCCAACCUCAUCUUGGGGCUUGGCCCCCGACGCUGCUCGGAAGGCAGGCCGGUGCUCCCACCCACGGGGGCUGCCCUCCUCCAAUCCAGCUCCCUUCCCAGAGCUGCCCACAUCUGGAGCUCCCUCCAUAUCUGGAAGACCCCAGCCACAAUCCUUCUGCAGGUGUCAGUUGCAUCCAGAGACCUCUGCCUUGGCAACUGCCCAAGAAUUGUGAGGGGAUUGCUGCUGCCUUCCCCAAUCCCAAGGGCAUGUCUUACCCUUAGUCCCUGCAGAGUCAUCCCCCUGCCUCUGGGCUCAGUCAGACAUUAGCCCAGCAUACCUAUAGGCACUUCAAGUCCUGGAGGCCACUCCUGAGAUCCAAGGCCCCUCCCCCUGCCCUCCUAUGUCCUCACCUUGACCCCUUGUGUCAGAUUCUGUCUCCCUCUGGGUGUCCCAUUCCCCAUCCAGAGGCAAAGGAGGCGGGGUGGCAGGGGGCAGGGGCUGGGUGAGGGCCACCCAGGGCCAGGGUGGGCUGGGGGGCCGUUAAGAUGUGGAGCUCUGCCUGGCUGAGGGGGGCUCUGUGGAGGCAGACGCAGUGUGUGCCUGGCUGGGGGGAGUAUGGACAGGCCUGCAGCCACGUGGUGAAGGAUGAACAUUCGGGGCACCCCGGACCUCGGGCAGCCCAGUGACAACCCCAGCAGUGGUGGCGAGCGUGAGCGGAUUAGACAGCGCAUGAAGAUGGUCAUCGGGCAGCUCGAGGGCAUCCUGCGGGAGCUCAAGGAGGUGGCCAAGGAGCUCAGGGAGGUGGUGAGCCAAAUAGAUAAGCUAACCUCAGACUUCGACUUUGAACUGGAGCCAGAUGACUGGACCACGGCCACUGUGAGCAGCACCUCCAGCAGCGACAAGGCCGGUGUAAGCGGCCCCUUUGACCUGGGCCACCUGGACUUCAUGACAGCCGACAUCCUCUCAGACAGCUGGGAGUUCUGCUCCUUCCUGGAUGUCUCUACCCCUUCAGACUCCAUGGAUGGCCCCGAGCCAACACAACCAGGGGCUGGUUCUGACUACCGACUCAUGAACGGUGGCAUGCCCAUCCCUAAUGGGCCUCGGGUGGAGACCCCAGACUCCUCCAGUGAGGAGGCCUUCAGCACCGGCCCUGUCAAGGGGCAGCUGCCCCAGCGGACCCCAGGCACACGGGAGAGAGUGCGAUUCAGUGACAAAGUGCUCUACCAUGCUUUGUGCUGUGAUGAUGAGGAGGGGGAUGGUGAGGAGGCAGUGGCAGAGGAGGAAGUGGGCUUGUCCCCAGAGCCUCUUUGUACAGAGGCCCAUGUGGGCCCCUUCAAUACCUCCCUGGCCCCCAACAAGCCGAGGCGCUCUCCACUGACUGGCCGAUGCCCAGGCCCCACCUUGGCCCCUGAGCAGACCCGAAGGGUCAUGAGGAACAGCAGCACCCAAACAGUGUCAGACAAGAGCACGCAGACAGUACUUCCCUACACAGCCACCAGACAGAAAGCCAAGGGGAAAGACUAGGGGCCAGGGAGGGG